CAGCUUCCCGUUUAUCCAAGCUGCUUUGUGCAAAUCAGCGAUGUUAAACCAUGGCUGAAACACCCACUUCUGGACAGAUAAAUGUUCCUCAUGUUCGCUGACCUUUACAAGGCUUGGGUGCAAGGGGCCGUCAACAGCUGAGGAUGGAGUUGGUGCAGCUGUUUUUCUGUUUUUCAGCCGUUGCCGUGCUGACCCCAUGCCAUGGAUUCAGUGUGGACACUGAACAACCGAUUAUCUUCCGGGAAACGGUGAAAAGUUUUGGCUACAGUGUGGCGCAAUUUGGAAGCGGCACAAAUGCCGGGGUGUUAGUAGGUGCUCCACUUCAGCAGGGAGUUGUGAAUGAAACAGGGAAAAUAUACAAAUGCCAGGUGACUGCAAGCAAGUCAGGCGGAUGCCAGGAGUUGAUUCUUCAAAGACCUCCUGAUGCAAUCAACAUGUCUCUUGGUUUAUCUGUUUCAGCCCAUGAUUCUCAAGUGUUGGUGUGUGGGCCCAGGGUACACCAAACGUGUGGGGAAUACAUAUAUCUCAAAGGUUAUUGCUUCCUCUUGGACCAGAAUUUGAGGCAGAUCCAGCGCUUUCCUGAUCAAUUGCCAGAAUGUUCCAGACGCCCUGCUGACAUUGUUUUUCUGAUUGAUGGUUCAGGAAGCAUAAAAACUCGUCAAUUCAUACAAAUGAAAACCUUUAUUUCUGAGGUCAUAAAGCGUUUCCAAAAUACAAACACUCAGGUUGGGUUUAGUUUCUCAUACGGAUCUGCUCGUGAAGAACUCAUUGCUAUUGCCUCCGAACCAUCUAUGGACUAUGUUUUCUCCGUGAGCAAUUUUGAUGCUCUCAAGGACAUCCAGAACAAUCUUCAGAAUAAAAUUUUUGCCAUAGAAGGUACUCAGUCCCAGAACACUGGCAACAUCUCUCAGUCCUUCGAGUUAGAGUUGUCUCAGGAAGGAUUCAGUGCCUUACACACCCAGAGUGGCUCCAUACUAGGGGCUGUUGGAGCCUAUGAUUGGGCUGGAGGACUCUUCCUUUUCAACAGCCAGGGUGAUGCGGCUUUUAUUAAUACCUCCAGCUCCACAGAUGAUUUGAAAUCUGCUUAUCUUGGUUAUUCAAUUCAGGAAGUUCAAGUCAACGGACAGAGCAGCUUCAUCGUGGGAGCCCCACGUUAUCAACACGUGGGCAAGGUGGUCUGGUUCAGCCAAAGGAGAGGACAGUGGACGCAGAAGUCAGAGCUCUCUUUAAAGGAGUCCCCCCAGAUUGGCUCAUAUUUUGGGGCUACCCUGUGUGCUGUGGACUUGGACAGAGACAGGAAUACUGACUUGAUCCUCAUUGGUGCACCUAUGUACUACGAUGGCAUUGCAGGAGGAAGGGUCUACAUUUGCCAAAGACAGGGAGAAACAUUUUUCUGUGGCAAGGAAUUGCAAGGGGAGCCCCAUCACCCCUUGGGUCGCUUUGGGACCAGCAUAGCAGAAGCUGGGGAAAUUACUGGGGAUCAGUGGACAGAUGUGGCUGUCGGGGCACCACUGGAGGAUGAGAAUCAAGGAGCUGUGUACAUCUUCCAGGGGCGGAGAAGAUCCCUCAACCAUGUUUUUAGCCAGCGCAUCCAAUCUUCUAUUGUUGCCAGUAGGCUUCAGUAUUUUGGACAAGCUCUUGAUGGGGGGUCAGAACUUACAGGUGAUGGACUCCCGGAUCUGGCUGUUGGGGCUGACAGACAAGUGCUGCUCCUAAGAGCCCGACCUGUGGUCAGUGUGGUGACUGGAAUAACCUUAAACCCAACUAUCAUCCCCAUGUCUGCCUUUGAGUGUGAAGGCCAGAAUGUGCUGAACAAAGAAAUCAGCACAGCGACAGUCCAUUUUAAAAUCCUAGGAGACUCCUGGUUUGCCUUCGGCAAAAACAUUUUCAACACCAUUCGGUACACUUUGACCUUGGAUCCUGGUCGCCAGAAAGUACGAGCUGUUUUUCACCAGGGUUCGAAUUUGUCUACCACCACAGAAGAGAUGAAGAUCGGUAUGAGGCCAGAAUCCAGGGUGUACCGUAUAAUAUUACCGACUUGCGUAGAAGACAGCCUCACCCCCAUAAUCCUUCAGCUGAAUUAUACCCUGACGGGAGAGCCAAUCCCACAGGCCAACAAUCUACGGGCCAUCCUGAAGAAAGAUGAUGAGUCUAAUCUGCUUUUGGCAUCUCUGCACUUUGAGAAGAACUGCGGAAGAGAUGGAAUCUGUAAAGACCAGUUAAAAACAUCCUUCGGUUUCUCACGCUUGAAUGAAUUGGUGGUUGGCCUGACCUCUGAACUCAAUCUUACUGUUUUCAUCCGGAAUGACGGAGAGGAUUCUUACAGCACCAACUUGACUUUCAUCCAUCCAUCUUCACUGUCCUAUCGCAGAUUUAUAUUAGUGCAGACCAACAGAAAAUACGUGAUUAUUAAAUGCAUCUCUCCUCAUGGUACAGAGGAAGUCCCUGUGAGGAAAACCAUCUGUGGCAUCAAUCAUCCCAUCUUCCGAAGCAUGGCUGAGGUGAUCUUUAUUGUCACCUUUUUUGUUUCCCAAGAUGCAAAUCUAGGAAGUGUGGUGAGCAUCAGUGCCACAGCUUCCAGUGAAAAUAAUGUCACUGUCACAAAGGACAUGGUUUAUCAAAUGGAGCUGCCUGUCAAGUAUGCAAUCAACAUUUUCAUCAAUAACUUGGAUUCAUCAACCAAGUAUGUUAAUAUUUCUGCUGGACAGGAAGAUGAAACCCAGACUGUGGAACAUCAUUACGAGAUGAAGAAUGCGUAUCUUCGAAAUGUUUCUGUUUCAGUAACAUUUCAUAUUCCUGUGUCACUGAAUGGAACACAGAUUUGGGAUGCAACCUUGGACGUCCCUCAAGAGUUCCCUCAGAUCAUUUGUGUGCCCGGAGCAAACACUCCAGGAUCCAAGGAAUUUGUGAAGCAACUAAACAAGCAACCUGUUUUGGACUGCUCUGUAGCCACCUGUAAAACAAUCACUUGCAAUGUUCCAUCCUUGGAAUUCCGUCAACUUAUUGAGUUCAAGAUCAAAGGGGACAUUGGCUUCAAGUGGUUUUCACAGAUCCAGCAGAAUAAGGUGACUUUGGUGAGCUCCGCCCAAAUUUCUUAUGACAAGAGCAAAUACAAGCAGAUAGAAGAAUUCAUGAAAAGCCAGGCGAAGACCACCGUGGAGUUCUUUAAAGACUACAACUACCUGCCCAUCAUUAUUGGCAGCUGUCUGGUUGGUCUGGUACUCCUUGUUCUGAUUGUAGCAAUUCUGUAUAAGCUUGGAUUCUUCAAAAGACAGUACAAACUGAUGAUAGAUGAGGCACAUAAUGAGGUGGCUGAAGGUCCACCAGAAACCAGCACCCCUUCUGAUGCUACCAAAGGAUAAAUGUCUAUGGAGAAUCUCAAUCAUCCAGGUCAUGGUUGUCCCAAAGGUGCUUUUUCAAAAGUCAACUGGACUUUCUUUGUUUUUGCCUGGAGACAUUUUGCUUUUCACCCAAGAAGCUUCUUCAGUUCUAAAUGAAUCAGAAAUUGAGAAUCAACAAUAGAAUUAGACCAGACUAGAGUAGAGUAGAGUAGAGAGGAGGGAAGGGGAAGGGAUUCAUGGAGAGGAGAGGG